UGGAUCCACUCGUGUGAAAGUGUCGUGGGACAUGCACUGAGCAGAGUGGCAAAAAUGUACACGACUGAGCGCCGGCGGAUGAGUCUCCGCCACGAGCUGAAGCGCAGAGACCCGGUGUGGGUGUCCGCGGGAAGUUUGUGGCAGGACGCGUCUGCGAUCGAAAUGAGCUCCGGUAAACAUUCCGUCUCUCCGCGGAGUCGCACCAGACCCGUGUCCGUGGCCUAUAUCACCAGCCAGGACGCGUCCGUGCCGCACACCGAGGAGAACUUGUCCCUGAAGAGUCUCGGUGAAGCCUGCGGGGACGCCCACGCCGCGCUGAAGACCAUCCCGUUCGAGAGGCUCUCGAUGGGCACCACGGAGGUGCUGGACGGAUUCUACAACGCAGACGUCGCAGUGGUGGAGAUCACCGACUCUUUCUGUCAGCCCUCCAUCUUCUACCAUCUGGGAGUGAGGGAAAGUUUCAGCAUGACCAACAAUAUCAUUUUGUACUGUUACAAACAGGACAGUGAUCUUCACGCCAUCAAGGAGCAGUGUGGGAGCUACACCUUCAUCCCCUACGUGGUGUCGCCUCAGGGCAAAGUGUUUGCCUGUGAUGCCUCCAUGAUGACGGGCAUCAAAGAGUUAAUGCAGCCCAGUUUCCAGCUGGAGCCACUGCUGACCCCUCUGGUGGAGAGGCUGGUCCAUCUGUUCAACAACGUGCACGUACAGUCCAGCGAGUAUUUCCGGGAGUCUGUCAGACAUGAGAUCCGGAUGGCGAGAGAGAGACUGACUGGGAAAGAUCUGAGCGACGAGCUGAGUCGCAUCCAGCAGCGUCUGGACAGCGUGGAGCUGCUGACCCCAGAUAUCGUCAUGAACCUGAUGCUCUCAUACAGAGACAUCCAGGACUAUGACUCCAUGAUCAAGCUGGUGGAGACUCUCAAUGAGCUGCCGAUGUGUCUGGUAGCAAGGCAUCAGAAUAUCAAGUUUCACUACAUAUUUGCGCUCAAUAGGAGGAAUCAUCCGGGUGACCGAGCCAAAGCUUUGAAGGAGAUUCUUCCCAUCGUGGAGUCCGGCGGGAAGGUGGCCUCGGACGUGUACUGUCUGUGUGGGCGGGUCUACAAGGACAUGUUCAUGAGCUCGGGCUUCACUGACCAGCACAGCCGGGAUCAGGCCUGCUACUGGUAUGGACGAGCCUUUGAGACCGAGCCGACUCUUCACUCUGGUAUCAACAACGUGGUGCUGCUGAUGGCAGCAGGUCACGAGUUUGAAACUUCAAUUGAACUGCGCAAAAUAGGUGUCACCAUCAGCUCCCUGCUGGGAAGAAAAGGCAGUUUGGAAAAAAUGAAGCAAUACUGGGAUGUUGGAUUUUAUCUGGGGGCCAAUAUCCUGGCUAAUGAACACAGGAAAGUCAUCGAAGCCUCAGAGAAACUCUACAAGCUGAAAGCCCCAAUAUGGUAUUUAGGAUCCAUCAUGGAGACUUAUAUUCUUUACCGUCAGUUUGCUAAACCUCCAGAGGUCAGGUCUCCGAAGCAAGACACAGUGAACUUCUGGAUGGAGAUGCUGUUGCAGGCGUGUAAACCAACCGUGUCCACCAGCCGCUGCCCAGUGCUAAUUCUGGAGCCCAGCAAAGUCCUUCAGCCGUCCCUGGUGUCGGUCAGCGAGGAGGACGAAAGUCGCACUGUCCAGUUGAAGCACAUCACCCCCCUGAAGAAAGGCUUGCAUCAGUGGACUUUCCCGGCGUCUGCAAUUCGGGGAGUGAGUGCUUCGAAGAUUGAUGAGCGAAGCUGCUUCCUCUAUGUCCACUACAACUCGGACGACUUCCAGAUCUGCUUCCCGUCCGAGGUUCACUGCAAAGGGUUCUGUGAACUGGUGAACUCUUUGGUGCAGCAGGUGGAAGACCCCACUAAGGACCUGGAGCACCAGAGUAAGGGGAUACUGGAGUUCAUCUACGAGACCAAUGAGAACGGCAACAAGGUGAUCCUGGGGAAGGGGACCUACGGGGUGGUUUAUGCAGGAAGAGAUCUGAGCAACCAGGUCCGCAUCGCCAUCAAGGAGAUCCCAGAGAAGGACAGCACGUAUUCUCAGCCACUUCAUGAAGAGAUCGCCCUGCACAAGAGACUCAAGCACCGGAACAUUGUCCAGUACCUGGGAUCUGUGAGUCAAGAUGGCUUCAUCAAGAUCUUCAUGGAAGAAGUACCAGGAGGGAGUCUGUCGUCGCUCCUGCGCUCCAAAUGGGGUCCUCUGAAGGACAACGAGACCACAAUCAUCUUCUACACCAAACAGAUACUUGAGGGCCUCAAAUACCUUCAUGACCAUCAGAUCGUCCACAGAGACAUUAAGGGCGACAACGUGCUGAUAAACACCUACAGUGGAGUUUUAAAGAUUUCGGACUUUGGGACGUCCAAGCGCUUAGCAGGAAUCAACCCCUGUACCGAGACCUUUGCGGGCACUCUCCAGUAUAUGGCCCCGGAGAUCAUCGACCAGGGACCUCGUGGCUAUGGGAAGCCGGCUGAUAUCUGGUCCCUUGGGUGCACUAUUAUUGAAAUGGCCACUGGUAAAACACCCUUUCACGAGCUGGGAAGUCCUCAGGCAGCUAUGUUUAAGGUGGGCAUGUUCAAGAUCCACCCUAAAGUCCCUGAGUGCAUGUCAGAUGAGGCCAAGGCCUUCAUUAUGAACUGCUUCGAGCCGAACCCCGAUGAUAGAGCCACUGCCACCCAGCUGCUGCAGGACACCUUCCUGAGGUCAUCGCCGAGAAAGGUCAAGGUCAAGGCUCCAAAAGAAACAGACUGUGACUUUCUUUCAUCAGGUGACUAUCAUCGCAGUUUGUCCGUGCCCAUCUCCAUCUUUGUGGAGGACACCGACUCGUACUCCGACUCCAUCGACCUGUCCUGUUCACUGGACCUGAGAAGGCCCCAGUCCUGCAUCAUGGAGGAUGAGAUAGAGACAGAGAGCCCACCGAGCACCAACAGUUUCCUGCCGCUACCUGAAGAUUCUUCUGUAGAUCUGAGCAGUCCAGCGGCCACAGAGGAGAACAUUGGUCUAUUCAUGUUGAGGAAGGACAGUGAGCGGAGGGCAACACUGCACAGAGUUUUGACCGACUACAUCGGCAACGUGGUCUCUAAUAUUCAAGAGUCUGUGCCUCAGUGUGGGGAGAUCUUUACUGCCGAACACAUCACGAAGCUCAUCUGCUGUUUGCGAGAAAACAUCAGAUCCCCAGACAAGAGGCAGUUGACCAACGGUCUGCUGGAGCUGCGAGUCACGCUGCUGAAAAGCGCAGUGUCGCUCAAUCGCCUGCAGGCGGUGCUGUUCAGCUUCCAAGAUGCGGUAAAGAAGGUGUUGAAGCAGCAGCAGGUGAAGCCUCACUGGAUGUUUGCGCUGGACAACCUGCUGAGGCAGGCCGUGCAGGACGCCAUCACCAUUCUUCUACCAGAGCUGAAGCUCCAGCUGCAGUCCUCGUUUGAGGUGGAAGAGAGCAACACAGAGGAGUCAGGAAACCCAGAAACCCCAGUCGCCCCUGUGCCCGACCAAAAAUUUGAGCUCUUUGCCUCUCAAGAAAACCAAAAUAGCCGACCUGCGUCCCAACCGACGGUCGCCCCGGACCUCGACAACAGCUGCCCGCUGUCCGAGACGCUAAAGGAUCUACAGCUGGAGACGAAACGACUGCUGAGUCAGCUGAGUGAGAAAGAGCGGGAGUACCAGGAGUUACUGAGGAACUGUGUCCGGAGGAAGCAGAGUGAGAUUGACGCUCUGAAGAAAUGCGCUGAAGAUGAUGAGUCAGCGCCCCCGAAAAGCUCUAAUCUUGACGUGAAGUCCUUGGUGGAUUGGCUGAAGAAUGUUCCCGUUGAUCAGGAGACGACCAAUACGCUGCUCUCUCAUGGGUUCACCCUGGACUGUCUGCUGGACAUGGCCUGCAGAGAUGACUUGAUGUACUGUGGACUGAGAGCAGGAAUGCUGUGUAGAAUCUGGGCGGCCAUUACGGCUCACAGGAAUGCUAACAAGGACAGUGAGGACACUCCUCUAUAACCUUCCUAUAGACAGAUGGAUGAACUGCACAAAAACUGAAGACAAUCUCCACUCAUUUAAACUUGACUCCACCACCUCCUUGUUCAUUCAUGUAAAUAUUAAUUUUCAGUUGAGUUUCUGUUGUAUAAACGUUCUCAGGGAGACCAUGUGGAAACCUUUAUGCAAUGUGUUUAAUAUGAGAAUGCCGACGAAUUAGAACAUUUCAUCAUCUGUAUUGCAAACACUAGUUGUAACUACUAUUAUUAUUUUUAAUAAAAAUGUUAAGAAACAGCCUCAGCCAAGACAAAUAAAAUAUUCAAUA